UUACCCAACAAGCGCCAUCUUAGGUUCAGUUAUUCGUCAGCACCGUCGACGUAUAGAGAGUUCGGGACACACUCACUACAUUUCGUCACAUAAAAACGUCCAUCACGGUUUUAGUUGGUUAUUGUGGUAAUCCUAAUAAGAAUACACCACCAUGGACUUCAGUUAUCUGUUAGAACUUGCUAAAAACAAUGAUAAGUCCAACAAAAAGGAGGCAGCAGUCAACAGGUUUUCUACAAAGGUCUCCAAACCCAAAAGGGUAGAAAAGGCAGCACCCAGACUGGAGGCCAUACAGGCUGUGUUAAAUAGAAAAGAAGAGGCAAAGCAGAAGGAAAAUGAGGAAUUUCGGAGGAAGAAAGAAAACUUGCUGGCUCUCAGGGCACAAGAUAGGAAAUCCAAUCAGCGAAGUACCAUGAUCAACAGAAAUAAGGGAGCCUCCAAAUCAGUACUGGAUGAUGCCAAGGACAUAACUACUGCCAAAGGUGAGGAGCAGUGUGAUGAGGAUGACUAUGGCUAUGAGUCCACUAUGAGCCAGACCAUUUUCAGCAAACUAGCUAACCAGUAUGCCAACAUGCCAGAGGAUGACAAAUUGAAAUUUGUCAAGAAUUCUGGCAAAGGUAACAUAAAUGACAUCAAGAGCAGGGUUAUCAACACCUUAAAGAAGGAAGAAGAAGAUGAAAUGACUCCCAAGAAACGAAAGCGGAAAAGCAAGAGCCAAAUUGAAUUUGAUGAUUUUAUAAAUGAUGGUGAUGCAUAUGAUAGAGCUCCAACUAAAUCUGAGCUGAAUAGUAGUGCCCCAUCUUCUUCCAAUCAAAAAAUUGUUAACAUUAAUCUCACCAAUUAUAAGAGUGACAAGCAUAAUACCUUCAAAUAUGAUAGAGAUAAGGAGAAGGACAGAGAGGGGGAUAAGGACCGUGGAGGUAAUGACAAGCAUAAAAAACACAAGGAAAAGAAGAAAUCAAAAGCAGCACCACCACCAAUGAGUUUUGAAGAGCUUCUUAAAGUUGCUCGGAAGAAACAAGCUCAACCAAUUCUAGAUGUCAAAAAGAAGAGAAAAAGAGAAAGAGAAGGGAAGCAGAGAGACGUAGGGCGGCCGUUAACAGCCAAAGAGAAAGAGGAGCUGGAAGAAGAGAGAAGGCGCAAGUUGAAGAGAAUGGGAAAGUUGCCCCAGGAAAAGAAGGAAGUGAAGACCAAGGAAACGGAACCAAAGGGAGAUUCAGACGAUUCACAAAAAUUGAAAAAGAAUGAUGAAAAGAACAAAAGUCAGAAACUUCCAGCAAAUUACAACAAGCUAGAAAAACCCAAGCCAGAACCUAAAGUAAUUGACAGAAACAAGUAUUUUGCAGCUCCAGCUGGCCAGAAGAAUCGUGAUCCUCCACAAACUAAAGAAUCCAAACCUUUACCGAAUUCCAAGUCAUCAGUUCCCAAAACUCAGAACUCUACAAAUAAAUAUACCCCAUCAAAGGACAUCAAGCCUCAGAAGUCAAAAGAUUUUCCCACAAAUGAAGUUAAACCAUCAAAGCCACAAAAUUAUACUCCAAAGGCUAAAGUGCGAGAUUUCCCACCACCAGACUUGCAUAGAAGACCGGCCUACAGUGCUGCUCCUAAAAGACGUAGAGAGGAUUCUGAAGAAUAUGAUUCUGAAAUGGAUGAUUUUAUUGAUGAUGGUGAACAGGAAAUGGACUUCUCCAGCGAAAUCAGAAAAAUGUUUGGAUACGAUAGGAAUAAGUAUAGGGAUGAUGAUGAUGACUGUAAUGACAUGGAAGCAUCUUAUGCUCAAAUGCAAAAAGAGGAGAAAAUAUCAGCCAGAAUUGGACUUCAGGAGGAUCUUGAAGAUAUACGACGAGAAGAGGAGGAAAAGAAACGCAAGAUGGUGCGGUUGAAACAGAUGAAGACGUCCAGAAGAUGAGGACAAGCAUGAGUGAACUUAUGAGUACAGUAUAUAAAUAUAAGCCUACCAGCCAGGGUCAGAUCCAGGCAACAAAAAUUUCAUCUUCACAAGAAACCAUGGAGUGUGGGUGGCAUACAUAUCCGAGACCACUUGUGUGACGAUAUAGAUAUUUAAAUGUGGUUAAAAUUUUGUAGAAAUACCUGUAUCUAAAUUUACCUAUUUGUGCAAUCUGAAGUGGGCUGGGUCUCACCCCAUUUGUAUUCUGCUUUCACAGUUAAUAUUAUCAUGCCUAUUAUCAUGUAAUAUUAUUUGAAUGCCAUUUCCUUAAUAAACAACAUUGUAAAAAGGUUUAACAUUGAAAAUGGAAUGCCUUAAAGAAUAUAUAUAUAUAUAUAUAUAUAUAUAUAUAUAUAUAUAUAUAUAUAUAUAUAUAUAUAUAUAUAUAUAUAUAUAUAUAUAUAUAUAUAUAUAUAUAUAUAUUAUUGUUUUUCUCAUAACAAAGUUAUUUAAUACAGUAGUUGUCCAGUAUCCUAUUAUUGUGUCCAAGGAAUAUUUAUGGAAGAUUUGUGAAGCAAUGCAGUGUUAAGUAAGGCAUGUAAUUAUGCUCUUAAAGUCACUGUAAUACUGUACAGUAUAAUAUUUACUGUUUGAAUAAAUUGAGCAGAAUAUGUACUGUAUUGUAUAAUGAGAAAUAUACAGUAUAGAAUUUGUUAGAAACUCUGGUUGAUUUUCCAUGUUAUUUUAUAAAUAACCCCAUUACUCAUGUUUAUCUAUUUUGUUGAUCACUCGGCUGUACUGUAUUUUAUUAAAAAACAAAAUAAUAGUGUCAUUAAGAGUGGUAGUGCACAUGAGUAAAGGUAGCCUGGACAAAACUGGUUGUUGCCUUAGUGUGCUUCUGUUUGCAUAAAAACUUGUUUUUCAGAGUACUGUAUUAUAAUGCACAUUCUUGAGAGUCUAUUAUAGUUAGUUCAGAUUUUAUGUAUAGUUUAUUACAUUUUUUUUAAAUUUCUAAUUUUCAUGAAAUACUGUAUACUGUGUAUACACACUACUUUAUUUAGAAAG